GCCGCUGCUCACAACCAAGAUUAUAGUAGUGCCAUGGGAGAUGGUGGUGCUGCUGUUGGCUUUGGAUACGGAGCCACAACCCCAGCGAUGGGGUACCAAAGUGUGCGGUACACUUCUCCUCCGUUCAGCGGGAAAUCGAAAGACUUCAACGAAUGGCUAAAUGAUUUCCGCAUGGCAGCUAAUCGCGCAAACCUGUUGGAACAGUUUGAAGAGAGCAGGAGCUUGGAGAUCCCCGUCAACAGCGGAAAGAGCAAGUUUUCGCUGUCACAGCAGCACCGAAGCGAGCAAGUAGAGCUCGCAUUCCACGCGUGGAACUUCCUGUCUCACGCGUGGAAAGAAACAGAUCGGAAAAUCAUGAAGAGGGCAGAGAUGCCCCAGGGAGCUCUUCGUGAGCUCAACACCAUGCACGACCCUGAAUCAUCUGUACAGCCGUCAGAGGACCUCAAGUCCCUGACGUCGACCAAGCUCUUUAGAGGUGAAAACCCUCAAAACGCCCUUACUGAGAUGCUUCAAAGCGCAAAGUCCUCAACCGAGAAAGGACUAACUGUGAACGAAACGUUCGUCCUUCACCUCGUCCUGGAUGCCCUUUCGGACGAGUGCCAUGGCAAAGCACAACCUGCGACACGCGAAGGAGUUGACGCGGACCGGUGUCCUAACGGAAGUAAUGAUCGAAUACAAGGCGAUCAAGGACAAGCUGGAAUAGGGGAAAGGAAAAGGGGUGAAGGGCGCAGAGCAAGCGUACUUCGCCGACGGUGAGGGCCGCAGGGAGCGGUACUCAAGUAGGAGUCAGGGGCAAGGUCGUGGUCGUGGCGGCGGCCGUGGCCGCAGCAGCAGUCGUGGCCGCG